GGCGCAGCUACCGUAGUACCUGGACCCAAAGAAGGCGGCAGCUCUGCCAUCUCAGGACUCUGCCCUUCCCCAAGAGAGGAACCAGGAGGAGGACCCAUCAGCCCUUGAAAUUCUAAAAGUCAUGUCCCUUGGGCCAGAAUUGUUCAGGGAUGUGGCCAUAGUUUUCUCCCAAGAAGAAUGGCAAUGUCUGAAGCCUGCUCAGAAGGAUUUGUACAGAGAUGUGAUGUUGGAGACCUACAGCAACCUGGUCUCACUGGGUCUUGCCGUUUCACAACGUGAUGUGAUCUCAUUCCUGGAGCAAGGCAGAGAGCCCUGGAUGGUGGAGAGGGCAGCAGCAGGAAACCUGUGCCCAGUAUUGGAGUCUGGACAUGAUACCAAGGUAUUAUUUCCAAAGCAGCCUGUAUAUGAAGUUGACUCAUCCCAGUGGAAGAUAAUGGAAAGCCUUACAAGUUAUAGUCUUGAGUGCUCAAGUUUCCAAGAUGAUUGGGAUUGCAGAAGCCAGUAUGACAGACAACCAGGAAAUUCAGACAGACAUUUCAGUCAAAUGAUAACCAGUCAUGAAGAAAUUCCCACUUUUGACCAGCAAGCAUCCUGUACUUUUUAUCAGAAAAUACAUCCUGGAGAAAAACCCUAUGGAUAUAAUAAAUGUAGAAAAGACUUCUGGCAAGAAGAAUUCCUUAUUAAUCAUCAAGGAAUUCACACUAAUGAGAAACCAUAUAAGUGUAAGGAAUGUGGGAAGGCCUUUAAAUAUGGCUCACGACUAAUUCAACAUGAGAAUAUUCAUUCUGGCAAGAAACCCUAUGAAUGUAAGGAAUGUGGAAAGGCCUUCAAUUCUGGUUCAAAUUUCAUACAACACCAGAGAGUUCAUACUGGUGAGAAGCCUUAUGAAUGCAAGGACUGUGCGAAGGCCUUUAGUCGAAGCUCACAAUUGAUUGAACAUCAGCGAAUUCAUACUGGAGAAAAACCCUAUCAGUGUAAGGAAUGUGGCAAGUCCUUCAAUCGCAUCUCACAUCUUAAAGUUCAUUAUAGAAUUCAUACUGGUGAAAAACCCUAUGCAUGCAAGGAAUGUGGGAAGACCUUUAGUCAUCGGUCUCAGUUGAUUCAACAUCAGACUAUUCAUACUGGCAAGAAACUCUAUGAAUGUAAGGAAUGCGGGAAGGCCUUUAAUCAAGGUUCAACUCUUAUUCGACAUCAGAGAAUUCAUACUGGUGAGAAACCCUAUGAAUGUAAAGUAUGUGGAAAGGCCUUUAGAGUGAGCUCACAACUUAAGCAACAUCAGAGAAUUCACACUGGAGAGAAACCCUAUCAAUGCAAGGUAUGCAGUAGGGCCUUUAAGCGUGUCUCACAUCUUACUGUACAUUAUAGAAUUCAUACUGGUGAGAAACCAUAUGAAUGUAAGGAAUGUGGGAAGGCUUUUAGUCAUUGCUCACAACUGAUUCAACAUCAGGUAAUUCAUACUGAGGAAAAGCCCUAUGAAUAUAAGGAAUGUGGAAGGAAUGUAAGUCAUGAUUCAACUACUGUUCAGCAUCAGAGGAUGCAUAAUAGAGGAACACAUGUGAAUAUAAUAAAUGUAGAAAAGCCUUCCAUCAGCACUUAUCCAUUAUUAAUCAUCAGAGAAUUUAUGUUGGCAAGCAACCAUAUGAAUGGAAGUAAUGGGGAAAGUCCAUUAGCUUAAGCUAAUCACAGCUUACUCCUGCAUCUUGAAGAAAGACUUAAGGAAUGUAAUUCAAGUGAGAAUGCCUUCAUUCAGAACUUAUCUUUUAUCCAAUGUCAGAAAAUUUAUAUCAAAGAAAAAUUUUAUCGAUGUGAAUUGUUUAGGCCAUGCUUGUCAAAGAAGCAGGGAAAGGUUGAAAAAAUUUUUAUCAUAACACAUUCCAGAAUCACAUUUUCUAACCACAGCGUGGUAAAUUUAACAAGAAUCAAAAGUUUUAGUUUUCUUGGAAAUAACAAAAACACAGCCAAAUUACUCUUGGGUUAACAAGGAAAUAAAUCUUGCAGUUCUAUGAAUUGUAAUGAAAAGAAUAAAUUGAGAGUUUUACGUGCCAAGAGGUGAGAUGUAGCCAAAACUGGAGGAAUUUUUACAGUCUUUAAAUGCAUGCACAUACAUGGAAACCUGAAAGAUUAUAUUCACAUGCAUUGAAUAAGCUACUCAAGACUAGCAAACACCCAAGCAAUGAAAGCACAAAUUAAAAUAAAAACAGCAAAUGAUGAAAUAGAAAAUGAUCAUUUUAUAAUAAUCUCAGUUUUUAUUUCUUCCUGAUUCAAGAGUAAUCUAAAUUUAGGAGAAUGCUUCCAAAUUUCCACAUUGUUAAAUUGUUUUAUCUUGCAUGACCUCUGUCACAAACAUUGGUUGCCUAUCCAGCAGCCAUACCCAGGUCCCCUUAUUGGCAGCCUCUGUGUCUUGCCUUAGAAUCUGAAGAUAUCGGAUGCUAACUUUCCAGCCUCCCUGUGCAGCUCAAGGUAGCCGAUUUGUCCCAGUGUUGGCUAGUGGGAUCUGCUGGGGCUUCUGGGAAAGGUUUUCCUCAUUUAGAGGAGAUAGACAGGUUCUGCAGACUCCCUCCCUUCUCACUUCCUGCUUUUAAACAUUUUCCUAUGAGAACAUGGUGCCUGGAGCUGGAACAAAGAGGAAAAAACAAGACCUUAGAGCACACAGUUAUUUUGGAACAAAAAAGAAAAAACGACCUUAGCGAAGCUAACCCAAACCCCUGACAACACUCAGCUACUAAGGCCAAUACUGGAACUGCCUCUUUGAUGCCUUGUCAGCACCACGCUCACCCAAUGAGCUAACCGGCCAUCCCUAUAUGGGAUCCGAACCCGGGGCCUGUGGUGUUAUCAGCACCACACUCUGCUGAGUGAGCCACGGGCCAGCCCUUGAUGCCUUGUUAUGGAAUAAAAAUAAACCUUUAUUGCUGAACUUAUUUUUAGCUGGAUAUUUUCUAAGUUUUCAGCCACAAGCAUUC